AUAGAAAAUGACAUAGUGAAGAGAAAACCCACUUUACAAUUGCUGUUAGAAUUAUCAGACAAUGGAGACAAAUUAACUGACCAGGAUCUUCGAGAACAAGUGCUUACACUAUUAUUUGGUGGAUCGGAUACUACAGCAAGAACCAUUGAAUUUCUUUUUCUUAUGCUCGCUCAACAUCCAGAAAUACAGGAUAGAGUUUACGAGGAAUUAUUUAAUAUUUACGGCGUUGACGAUCCGGGAAAAAAUCCAGUAAAAAGUGAUGAUUUACAAAAUUUACAAUAUCUAGAAAGAGUAAUUAAGGAGACAAUGAGACUAUUUCCAGCUGUGCCAAUAAUUGCACGUGAAGUUACUGAAGAUCUAGAAAUAGAUGGUUAUACAAUUCCCAAAGGUUGUGCAGUAGCUGCUUCUAUCAUUGUGCUUCAUCGAGAUGAAAAAUAUUGGCCUGAUCCAUUAAAAUUUGAUCCAGAUCGAUUUUUACCAGAUGAAAUACAUAAACGUCAUCCGUUAGCUUAUAUGCCAUUUUUAAUUGGUUCCAGAGAUUGUAUAGGUCGAGUAUAUGCAUUAAUGUCAAUAAAAGUGAUUGCAGCAACUUUUCUGCGGAAGUAUAUUUUAAAAAAGGACAAAAUCACGCCAAUUAAGGAUAUGAAACUUAAACCAGACGUUUUGCUUAAAUUAGCUGAGCCUUCAACUUUUCGACUUGAAAAACGAGUAAAAUAACUUUCUUAUAUUUAAGAUAACACAUUAUUUUUCUAAUUUAUUCUAAAAUUUAGAAUAUAUAAAUUUUUUUGCUAUUGUUUGUUUUGUCAUCUCAUUGAGUUUAUUAUUAAAAAUUAUGAUUACUA